AUAAGAAAUAACGAUCUGCGCCACAAGAACCUUGAUCUCAGACUCCCUCUUCUCCCAGCCUUCUAAAAGAGAUAAACAUUCAGGACCCCUAUUAUCAAUCUUUUUGAUACUGAUACAUCCUCAAUCUCAUCUCAACGGGAACCACCACGGUCACAUCCACCACCAUCACCAUCAACCUCCACCUCACCAUCAAACUCGGCUUCACCACCCAACACCAACUACUAAAAGAUGCUCACAACAACACUCACCACCGCCCUUGCGGCCCUCCUCCUCCCGUUCUCCUCAGCUUCCCCCAUCGCCGUCCGCCAGGAUAAUACAACUACCACAACUCCACCAACAAACCAAACCUCCUGCGGCGCCACCUCCUUCGGGAACUUCUCCUGGGCCCUCUCCGCCUUUGACUACCACGCCUCCUAUAUCUACACCAACCCCGCCCACCAAAACUCCUGGGGCUACGUCAACUUCAAUUUGACCAACCCAGCCAUCGGGCCCUCGGUCACCACCGUCUGCAGCGCUUCAAGCAACCAGCUCAACGAUUUCUUCUACGGGACCGUACAGUACACGUGCAUCAACACGCCGGCGGGCGUCAAGAGUGACGUGGGCAAGACGAAGUUUGAUUUCAACCGGCCGACGGGGGAGUUGAGGUUCAACCAGAGCUGGACUUGCCGGGAUGGGGAUCCCAAAUAUCCUACUACGUUCACUGGAUAUGCGGCUGUCAAACUCCAUUUGAACUGCACCGAGGCGAGGUGGCAGAACCGUAGCUGGAAGCAGGGCCAGAUUUACUCGACGAGGGAUGUGAGGUGCUCGCCUGUCAAUUUGAGUGUUGACCCCAAGGAGAUGACUGCUAUGGCCUAGUCAUCUGUCGGACCAAAGGCAGAUGUGUGGUUUCGGUAUUUUCUGUGAGUGUACCGGUUGUGAGAGUGGCCGGUGGAUGUGAUGAACGGGCGUCUUUUACAGCAUGCAUAUGGUUUAUGACAGGUUAUGAGAAUCAUAAGAUGGCGGGAUUAUAGGUAGAAUACAUAGAGGUAGUGCUUAAUGGUAACGCUAGGGAGGAGGCAUUCAAAAUUUUCAUUUCAUCACGCAAAUCUGAUCUCUAUUA